AUGGGUUUGCUAAUUGUUUUACAAUGGGGUGGCUAUGAAUGCUGUUUGAAAGAGGAAAGAAUGGCUUUGCUUCAAAUCAAAGAGUUCUUCAUCAAUGGCAGCAAGAGCAGCAAUGAUCAAAUUCUGCCAUUUUGGCCUGAAAAAGGAGAUACUAACUGCUGCAACUGGGAAGGGGUGACUUGCAAUUCUAUCAGAGAUCGUGUGACAGACCUCACUCUAAAUGAUGUGGUUUUUUUCCCAAAAUAUUGUCUUAAUGUCUCCCUAUUUAGGCCUUUUCAUGAACUGGUAAAUCUGCAAUUAUCUGGUAAUCACUUUAACUGUUGUGUUUACAACCAUGGUUUUGAGGAGUUGAGUCAUCUGAAGAGGUUGGAGGUUUUGGACCUUUCAUAUAAUGAGUUUCAGGACAACAUCUUGAGGCCCCUUGGUGCUUUGACAACACUCAGAUCGUUGAAUCUUAAUAACAACAUGCUAUCAGCUAGCAAUGUUUCUUUACAAGCUUUAACCUCGCUUAAGAACUUGAAGGUCUUAGACUUGAGUUAUAACGAAUUCAAUGGGAGCAUUCCACCUGCUAUCGGUGCCUUGUCUGCUCUUGUUUCUUUGUCAUUGCAAGAGAACAGUCUAGGAGGAACUCUGCCCAGUGAAGGCUUUUGCAAACUAAAAUCCCUUGAGGAAUUGGAUCUUAGUUAUAAUUCUAUAGGAGGAGUUCUUCCCCCAUGUUUUAGCAACUUGACCUCCCUCAAACUCCUAGACCUCUCUACAAACCAAUUCAAGGGAGAAAUUUCCUUUAUUUUACCUAGCCUCACAUCCUUGGAAUACAUUAGACUUGGAAGCAAUGAUUUUGAGGGUAAAUUCUCAUUGAGUUUGUUAGCCAAUAACUCUAAGAUCAAGCUGGUUGAAAUACUCGACAAUGAUAAAAUAGAGGUGGAAACUGAAGAUUCAAAUUGGAUCCCCAAGUUUCAAUUGGAAGUACUCGCGUUACCAAGUUGUAACCUUAACAAGAAAAGUCAGAAGGUUCCGACUUUUCUUGCAUAUCAAAGCAUGCUAAAAUUACUUGAUCUCUCCCACAACAAUUUGAGAGGAGGCAUUCCUAAUUGGAUAAUUAGGAACAAUUCAGAGCUUCAGAUUCUAAAUCUAAGAAACAACAAUCUCGAGGGGAAGUUAUUCCAUCUUAACACAAGUAUUUUAGAGAUGGAUGUAUCUGACAAUCAGAUUAGCGGAAAGCUUCAAGAGAAUAUGGAUAUGACUCUUCCACAAAUACUAUACUUAAAUGUAUCUGCAAAUAACAUUGAAGGAAUUGUUCCAUCCUCCAUUUGCAAUAUGAGUCAAUUAGUUUACAUGGAUUUGUCCAACAACAAAUUCAAUGGAGAAAUCCCUAACGAAAUGGUUUCAGGAUGCCUUAGUAAUUUAGUUAUUCUGAAGCUAUCUGCCAACAGAUUUCAUGGGCAAAUCUUUUCAUCUUACUUCAACAUGACUGGGUUGGAAGUGUUGCACUUGGAGGAUAACAAAUUUACCGGACCAAUCUCAAAUGCAAUUAGCAGAAGUCAAGCAUUGGAAUUUUUGGAUGGAGGUAACAACCAGUUUUCAAAACUAGAUAGUUGGAUAAGCAACAUGACACAACUAAAGGUCCUCACCGUUCAAAAUAACUCUCUCAAUGGUCAUUUGCCGUGCGAAAUUCCUCAAUUUGUUCUUCUUGAUGUAUCUCAUAACUUGUUUUCAGGAUCGCUACCCUCUUGUCCAUUUGAGCAUAUACAUGCACUUUUUGGAUCAAACAAAUUCACCGGAUCAAUACCUGAAACUCUCUUAAAUUCCUCAAGUCUACUAACAUUGGAUGUUGGAGAGAACAACUUAUCUGGCGAAUUUCCUAAUAUACUUGGUGCAGAGAACUUGAGGAUUCUUCUAUUGGGUGGCAAUCAAUUGAGUGGCCAGCUUCCAAACAAGUUGUGUAAGCUAGAAAAGCUAAACUUGAUUGAUGUUUCAAAUAACCACUUAUCAGGUCAAAUACCUCGAUGCAUUGGCAAGAUUGCAUUUGGAAAAUUAGGGUCGUUGGAAGACAAUUUUGACAAUGGCAAUGCGUACCGUUGGGCUACAAACACAUAUCUCAUGUAUGGGAAAUUCUUGGUUAAACAGUAUGAGAUAGUCACAUUGGACGAUACAUUCGCUGAAAAGGUGAACAUAGAGUUUGUGAUGAAGACAAGGUCCAACUCCUACAAAGGUAACAUCCUCAACUAUAUGUGUGGAUUGGAUUUGUCAUUCAACAACUUUACAGGUGAAAUCCCAUAUGAACUUGGCGAUCUCGACUCUAUCCGUGCAUUGAAUUUGUCUCAUAACCUAAUCAAAGGUCCUAUUCCCGAGACAUUCUCUCGAUUGAGACAAUUGGAAAGUUUAGAUCUUUCUUACAACAAUUUAUCUGGAAAGUUUCCCACAGAAUUAGUUAAUUUGAAUUUUCUAGCAUUUUUCUCUGUGGCGCAUAACAACUUAUCCGGCAGAAUUCCUAUGAAGGGACAGUUUGGAACCUUCGAUCAGAGCAGCUAUGAAGGGAAUCCAUAUCUUUGUGGUGAAUUGCUAGCUAAUAAAUGCAGCCAAAUAAUUGACCCUUUAACACCGUCCCCGGAAUUUACCAGUGAAAUAAAAUGGUAUGAAAUCGACAUGUUCAUUUUCUGGAUAGCUUUUGUUGUUGCUUUCAUCAUUUUCUUCUUAGGAGUGUCAUUUGAUCCAGAACUUGAAUAG